AUGAUUUCGUCGCAAAACAUUUUGCUCAGAGAUCAGUGGUGGUGCUGUCAUGUUAUAUAUUUUACUACUUUAUUUGGCUGUUUUGGGGACUGAUGGAAAAGAUUUACAAUCUUACUUGACGGACGCGUCAUGGGAGGAUGUGAUCGCAGCGGGCGGCCUGCACAUAGGCCAUGGAAGGACCAAGAGAUUUGUUGAGCUGAAUACAACGCAGCCCAACAUAGCCUACCAGCCGUGUUUCCUGCCAAACGGCAAACGUGGCCGUUGCCGGCAUGUGCAACACUGUAUGCUGCAGGAAUUCAAGACUGACUUUAUGAAGUACAUGGACUAUCUCUGUGUUAUAAAACGCUCUUCCCUCGGCGCAUGCUGUCCUGAGGACUUCAGCACAGGUCCCGAGGCGCUAGCCGGAGAUCUACCUGCUACUGCCUCCCAGGACGAAUCACAAGUUGUAACCAGGAUAGUGCGCGCAGAGAACAGAGGAUGUGGCAUGAGUACGCGCGCGAUGAGCCGCGUAGUGGGCGCGAGACCAGGCAACCCGCGGGACUGGCCUUGGAUGGCGUCCGUCACGCCGGAGGGCUUUGAGCAGUACUGCGGCGGCGUGCUCAUCACUGACAGACACGUGCUCACCGCUGCACACUGCACCAGGAGAUGGAAAGCAGAAGACCUGUUUGUGCGUUUAGGCGAAUACGACUUGAAGCGCACCAACGAUUCCCGCACUUAUAACUUCCGUGUGGUAGAGAUCCGACAGCACGAGGGCUACGAAAUGUCCAACUAUCAUCACGACAUCGCCAUCCUGAAGUUGCACCGCGCCGCUGUCUUCAACACAUACGUGUGGCCAAUCUGUCUGCCUCCGAUGGGACUUGACCUGGUUGAUAAAAUUGCUAUUGUCAUCGGGUGGGGUACUCAGUUCUACGGCGGGCCGCACAGUGACGUAUUGCUCGAGGUGUCGGUACCCGUGUGGGAGCACAACAAGUGCCAAGAAUCCUUCACUGCCACCGUCUUUGAUGAGAACAUGUGCGCUGGCGGACCAGAGGGCGGGAAAGACUCUUGUCAGGGCGACAGCGGGGGGCCGCUGAUGUACCAGAUGUCGAGCGGGCGCUGGGCGGUGGUGGGUGUGGUGUCGUGGGGUGUGCGAUGUGGAGAACCCAACCACCCCGGACUCUACACUCGCGUCGACAGUUACCUACCAUGGAUCGCCGAAAACGUUGUGUACUAAUGCCAUAUCUGCUGCAUUCCCAAAAACACUAAGAGAGACUCUAAAUGUAGAUUUAAUCUAUGUUAAUAUUAUAAAGUAGAAAGAUU